UUUGCUGAUCCCUCUGUCUUUUAUUUUAACAGAAACCUGAGCUACAACAAGUUGGCAGAGAUUGAUCCUUCUGUCUUUGCAGAGCUGUCGAACCUGCAGGAAGUGAGGCUGGACCACAACGAGCUGAGUGCCAUUCCCUCGCUGGGCUCUGCUGCUUCCAGCGUCCGCUCCCUGUACCUGCAUCACAACAGGAUCCGCAGCAUCGAGGGCAGAGAGCUGCAGCCCUACGUUACCCUGGAAACGCUGGACCUGAGCUUCAAUGACAUCACGGAAAUCCGAAACGGCUGCUUCCCACAGGGACUGCUCAUCAAGGAGCUCUACCUGGGGAGCAACAGAAUCAGCACCCUGGAGCCCGGUGCCUUCGAUAGCCUGUCCCGGACCCUGCUGACACUCAGGCUGAGUAAAAACAGGAUCACCCAGCUUCCUGUCAAGGCCUUCAGGCUGCCCAGGCUAAUUCAGCUGGAGCUGAACCGCAAUCGCCUCCGCCUGAUUGAAGGGCUGACGUUCCAGGGGCUGGACAGCCUGGAAGUGCUGAAACUGCAGCGCAACAACAUCAGCAAACUCACUGAUGGGGCUUUCUGGGGCCUGGCCAAAAUGCAAGUUCUGCACCUGGAAUACAACAGCCUGACAGAAGUGAACAGUGGCUCUCUCUAUGGCCUUUCCUCUCUGCACCAGCUCCACCUCAGCAACAACUCUAUAUCCCGCAUCAACCCCGAUGGCUGGAGCUUCUGCCAGAAGCUGCACGAGCUGAUUCUCUCCUACAACAACCUGACCAGGCUGGAUGAGGGAAGCCUGGCAGACCUGGGGGGGCUGCACGUGCUGAGGCUGAGCCACAAUUCCAUCAACCACAUUGCAGAAGGAGCUUUCAGGGGACUCAAAAACCUCCGUGUCCUGGAGCUGGACCACAACGACAUCUCAGGCACAAUAGAAGAUACCAAUGGAGCUUUCACAGGCCUGGAAAACCUGAGCAAGCUAACUCUGUUUGGAAACAAGAUCAAGUCGGUGGCCAAGAAAGCGUUCUCAGGGUUGGAGGCUCUGGAGCACCUGAACCUGGGGGACAACGCCAUCCGCUCCAUCCAAGCCGAUGCCUUUGCCAGGAUGAGGAGCCUGAAGCAGCUGCACAUUAACAGUGACAGCUUCCUCUGUGACUGCCAGCUCAAGUGGCUGCCCCAGUGGCUGGUGGAGAAGGAGCUGCAGUCCUUUGUGGUGGCCACCUGUGCCCAUCCUGAGUCACUGAAAAGCAAGAGCAUUUUUGCCAUCCAGCCAGAGAGUUUCGUGUGUGAUGAUUUCCCUAAGCCCCAGAUCAUCAUCCAGCCGGAGACGACGGUGGCUGUGCUGGGCAAGGACAUCCGCUUCACCUGCCUGGCAGCCAGCAGCAGCAGCUCCCCCAUGGUGUUUGCCUGGAAGAAGGACAACGAGAUGCUGCACAACGCCGAGAUCGAGAACUUCGCGCACGUGCGCGCCAAGGACGGGGAGGUGAUGGAGUGCACCACCAUCCUGCACCUGCGGCACGUCACCUUCGCGCACGAGGGCCGCUACCAGUGCGUCAUCACCAACCACUUCGGCUCCACCUACUCCAACAAGGCCAGGCUCACUGUCAAUGGUGAGUGGGAACUGCUUCCUCCUCUUCUUCUCCUCAGCCUGAAUUGUGGUACAAUUCUGCUCUAUUUGUGGGGCGCCCCGAGGAAGGGAGGAAUGAGUAAUCUGACUCCAUGUUCUUAUUAUUUUGACAUGGGCGUCUACAGCUGCACGGCGCAGAACUCGGCGGGCUCCGUGCUGGCCAACGCCACCCUCACCGUGCUGGAGACACCAUCCCUGCUCCAUCCCCUGGAAGACCACGUGGUGUCCGUCGGCGAGACCGUGGCUCUCCAGUGCAAAGCCACGGGCAGCCCCCCGCCCCGCAUCACCUGGCUGAAAGGUGACCAGCCCCUGGUGGUGACAGAAAGGCACCACUUCACCUCGGGCAACCAGCUGCUGAUUGUCAGGAACGUGGUGCUGGAGGACGCAGGGAAGUACACGUGUGAGAUGUCCAACACGCUGGGCACGGAGCGCGCGCACAGCCACGUCAGCAUCCUGCAGGCACUGGGCUGCCGCAAGGACCGCACCACCGUGGGCAUCAUCACCAUCGCCGUGGUCUGCAGCAUCGUGCUCACCUCCCUCGUCUGGGUCUGCAUCAUCUACCAGACCAGGAAGAAGAGUGAGGAGUACAGUGUCACCAACACAGAUGAGACUAUAGUGCCUCCUGAUGUGCCAAGCUACUUGUCCUCCCAGGGGACCCUCUCGGAGCGCCAGGACGUGGCCAUUGGCGUGGACACCCAGCAGCCCAACGGGCACAUGGACAGCAACGGGAUGUGUCAGGCUGAUGCUGGAAGGUGUCCAGAUGUUGAAGCUCCUGCUGUAGGUUGUAGGCAGCCCAAGCUGUGUAUCAGCUAUAACAAAGACACUUGGAAAACUGAGGACAUGGCUGAUGGAAUGCUUGUUCCAGAUAAGACAGGCUACGGGCUGCCCGUGGUGUGCACGGAGUGCAGCGGCAGCACCGACAGCGAGCGCGUCCACCCCUACCCCAAGGACUGCCAGGGCCUAAAGACUGUGGAGAGCAGCCACCCCAAUGCACUGAGCAGCAGGGAGCACCAGAGGAAGAGGGGUGCAGGCACCAGCCUUCUUCAUGCCCAGCCCUGCAAUGGCAUUGCCAGUGGCAGGAGGGUGGAGACAGACGGGACCCUGUACCCCAGCAACCACGACAGGAUACGGCCGGAGGGCGCGCACGGCUCUUCACAAGCAGCAGCAAAGCCUUCAGAGCUUAACAACCUUAAUUUGGUGAGAGCUUCGCCUGCAGGAGGGUCAUUGAAGCAACUGAACGUGCUUCCUGAAAUAUCCCCAGCACUACUGGAUCUGCAGGGGGAAGCAGAGGUGGAGCAGGCUCUCCUGCCCAGCCACAGCACAGCCCAGCCCCACGACUCCACUCAUGAGCCCAAGCUGCCCAACAGGUCACUGGACUGAGAGCACAGACUGACUGCCACGUGCAAAUUAACAAACACACUAUUACUUUUUUAAAUUUUUUUUUUUUUUUUUGCACAGAGUAUAUAGGCUACUUACUUCUACCUCGAAUCUUGAACUGAUGGCCUGGCAAAGGCAACCAACUGAGGUAUGAGAAACAAGCUUGUAUGGGGAACAAACUCCUGUUCGAGCGUCAUCUGAUUGUACAUAGUUUAAAACUUCCCUGAGAAGUAUGAAGUGUUCAAAAGUCAACUUGCAUAUGAAGCACAUAAAUGCAAGGGAUUAUUGUGUAAAGAGAAAAAGUAUUUGAUACAAUUGUACAUAAGAGUUUUCAUAUAUAAAUAUAUAUAUAUUAAAAAAAUAUAUAUAUCUUUUACAGAGGCUAUUUUAAUCUUUAGUGCAUGGAAAACUGAGUGAAAUUUUACAGUUUUGGCAAUAUUGUUUUCAGUAUCAGGUUGCUGUUAAACUUUGUGAGAGAAAUAAUUCUGGUGCCUUAAAUGCAUAAACAAAACUUUUAAAAGCCAGACUGGUCCAAAGGGAUUGCCCUCUUUUCAGUGGAAGUUCCUUUACACCAUGUGCACUGGGGUUGGGGCAAUCCCAGGUACUGGUUGGGUGGGAAAGUGACCAGAACAGCCCUGUGGAGAGGGAUUUGGGGUGUUGGUGGAGCAGAGGCUGGACAUGCCCUGGCCGUGGGUGCUCACAGCCCAGAAAUCCAAUCUGGCCUGCAUCCAGAGCAUUGUGGGCAGCAGAUUCUCCUCUGCUCCACUCAGGUGAGGCCCCGCCUGGGGUUCUGCACACACUUCUGGUGCCCUUGAUUCAAGGAGUAAUGAGUUCAAACUGAAAAAGGGGAAAUUUAGGUUAGAUACAGAAGAAAUUGAAAUUCUUCCUUGUGAGGGUGAUGAGGCACUGGUACAGGUUGCCAGAGAAGCUGCAGAUGUCCCAUCCCUGCAGGUGUUCAGGCUGGAUGCACCUCUGAGCAACCUGGACUAAGGAAAGCUCUCCCUGCCCAUGACAGGGGGUUGGAACAAGAUCAUCUUUAAGGUCAGGACAGGCUGCAUAGAUGGGCUAAAUCCAACAACAUAAAAUUUAACAAGUCCAAGUGCUGGGUCCUACACUAUGGCCACAACCACCCCUGCAGUGUUAGAGGCUGGGCACAGAGUGGCUGGACAGUGCCAGGUUUCACAAAGGGACCUGGGGGCACUGGUUGAGACCUGACUGAACAUGAGCCAGCAGGAGCAGGGAGCUCAUUCUGCCCCUGUUCUCUGCACUGGUGAGGGCACACCUUGAGAGCUGUGUCCAGCUCUGGCCCCUCAGGUUGGGAAGGACGUUGAGAUGCUGGAGCUUGUCCAGAGGAGAGCAACAAGGCUGGUGAAGGGCUUGGAACACAAACCCUGUGAGGAACACCUGAGGGAGCUGGGGGUGCUCAGCCUGGAGAAAACAAGGCUCAGGGGUGACCUUAACACUCUCCACAACUCCUGAAAUGUGGCUGGAGCCAGGUGGGGGUCAGGGCCUUGUCUCAGGCAACCACUGACAGAAUUAGAGGAUACAGCCUGAAGCUGUGCCAGGGGAAGUUUAAGCUGGACAUUAGGAAAAUAUUCCUCACAGAAAGUGACUGGACAUUGGAAUGGGCUGCCCAGGGAGAUGGUGGAGUCACCGUGCCUGGAUGUGUUUAAAAAAAGACUGGAUCUGGCACUUAGCCAUGGUUUAGAUGAUAAGGUGGUGUUAGGUCAUAGGUUGGACUUGAUCAUCUCAAAGGUCUCUUCCAACCUAGUUAAUCCUGUGACUGUCCCUUCCAACUCAAGACUUUCUGUGAUUCAACUGGAUUACUUAGCACAAAUUUCCUUCCCCUUGGAAAUUUAUUGUACUUAACACAUUUAAUAACAGAGCUCUUCAAUUGUGUCAAAUGAAAUUUAUAAAGAAAAAAAGCAGUGAGCAAUUACAUGGCAACCUGAUAUUUUCCUGUUGGUGGAAGAACUUGAAUUCCAUUUUUUUGAAAACUUCAUAGAAAUUAGUAUUUGAACUGUGACUGUGUGAGACUUUAGAGUGGACCACACAGGAGGCACUAAAUAACUCUUCAACAGUGCAGAGCCCCAAAACAACCAGAGGAAAAGGCUGUUUUGACUGGGAAGAAGUUGUUACCAAAAUAAAUAACUGGUGCAGUAAACCAGGGGUGGUCUCACAACAGUGCACCUCUCAAACACGUCAUCACAGAGGUUUUACCUGCCAUGUGUGCACACUCUGAGCACCACAGCCCUCACCACAGCCCUUCCCCUCCCAAAGGGACCCAGCUCUACCUGUCUGAGGUGUGUGCAGCAAUCCAGCCUUGCCAGCUCAGAAUAAAUAACCUGUGCCAGUGUAAUGCAUUUUCACACCCGAACCCCACAUCUGUUCUGUGGGGGUUUGAAACCAUAGAGCUGUUUUGACAACAAAACUAAACUGUACUCCUGAGGGGACAGCUGUAUCACUAAUUCAUCCAAUAAUUUUUUUUCCCUACAUCACAAUAUUACACUUUGUAGUUGAACAGCCAAACUCUCUAUAUGAAAACAUCACCUUCAAGUGAGUUAUGCUGCCUUGUGUAGCAAUUCUGGGCUAGUUAGAAAUACUUGUUUUAUAAGGAAAACUGUGGAUUCAUGGUUGAACAGACUUUUAAAUGGAAAUGUCCCAAAUGUUUUUAUGGUUUUUAAGUUCAUCCAUUAAUGGGGGGGGAUAUAAAGAAAUGCCCACCUCAGUCAAACAGAUCUUUGUCACUUCUGACUUCACAAUGACGCUUUUUAUUUAUAGGAAGGUUGCUUUCUGUUGGUGUUUGUUGGUACCUGUGGAUGGAGGACUCCCAGUUCUUUGUGAUUUGAGUUCUGCUAACAUGAGGUUGCUAACUCUGGUGAUGACUACUUGGGGGCAGGUUUAUCAUGGGUGGGAGGGGGUGCUGUCACCUUUUUCCUUAGGAGCAACUCAAAUACCAGUUCCAGUGAGGCUGAGUCUGGGAAUCCACCUUUGCCAGGACUGUGGUUCAGAACCAGCAGCAGAGACAAGGGCAGAAACACUUCAUGGUCACUUUAGCUCCAUCACUGAGGGACCUGCCCCAAUGCUGCUGCACCUGGGGGGUUUCAGGCAGUGAAAGCUGCAAGCUGCCCCUUGGUUUAUCACAACCAACCCAGCCCAGCCUUAUCUCCUGCAAGGGAAGGACCUGGGGUCAGGGGGAGCAGCAGCUGCCCCUGCAUGAAGCCAGGCAUAAUUCACCAGUACCUGUCUGUCCCAGUCCCUGACUAUUGACACGUUUGCACUUUGAGACAGGUGGCGAAUUAUGUUGAGUGCCAAGUUUAUUCAGAGCAGAGGAAAUGGAUGUUAGAAAAUUAUAAACCGAGCAGAGUUUUCCCUUUGCUGAAGGGAAGAGUGCUCCAGAACCAACUCAUGGAACCAGGGACGUGGGGGAGAUGGGAAUGAUUCAAUGGGCUCAUUUUGCUGGCAGGAAUGUCAUCACCAGUGCAGAUACAAAAGCAUAUUUGCCAUGUUAACAUUGAAAAUAAUGGUUCUGAAUAAAGUUAACUGCCUAAUGUUAUGACUUCCACUAAAUAUGUGAAUUUGCUGCUUCUAAGAGGCAAUGUGAAAGAGGAAGUAUUACUUUUGUGUACAAAUUUAUUUAUUUAUUAGAGAAUUUGGUACAAUGUUGUACAUUGAAAAACAUGUAAGAUAUUGAAGUGUCUAACAAACGGCAUUGAAGUGUCUUUAAUAAAGGUUCAUUUAUAAUAUUACAGCUGAUCUGUUGAGAGUGAGCUUUUGGGAGUUUCAGUUGGAAAUUAAAUAAAAUUCUAAUCCAUUGCUAUA